GUGGGUGGUUUGUGCAAUUAAGAAAGCAUGGCAUAAGCUGGGAUUUGUUGUGUAUAUAAAGUCAGUGGUGAAUCCAGAGCUGUUGCUCCUUUACAGAAUGGGCCAAGCUGCUAACAUGCCCUGUAGGGGAGGGGGAUCUUAUGUCACUGAGCUGUACCAUUGGUACAGGUAAGAGUUUAAUUUGGCUUUUAACAUUUUUUACAGAGAAGCUGUUAAUUAAUUCCACACUCUUGUAGUGUAUUAAAGUAGAAUAGCCUGUUAAAGCAAAUACAAGUUUGGAGGGAGAGGGGGUGUUCAAGACUCCUAUCUGGGCUGUGAAAAGUUAACAUGCAUAGCUACAACUGUAUGGGUGCAGCUUAAACUGCAGAUUUUAAAGCAACAUUCAAGAAGCUUAGGUGUCUUUAUGUUAUUCAGAGUAUUUUAUUUCCCGGACAAAUCUACAAAUCAUAUCAAUUUUUUCUCUCGUUAUGUCUGUAUUUGGUAGUAAAAACUUGAUGAAUAGUGUGUCUAGCCCUACUUUAUUUCCAUGACUACACACUGCUGAUUAGCUUCACUUUGCCAUUUGUAGUAAAGUGGUUCAAAUUCAUUUAGCCUAAUUAUCUUAGUACUUAGGUCCCAGAGUGUAAACAAGCUUUCAAAGACAUGUAAUCUCCACAGAGAGGGGAUAGAUUGACCUUAAUUCUCUUAAUUCUUAAUUUGAAGGACAUGUUUCUCCUGCCACAGGUCUGACCCUUUUACCCAAAUUGCCUCUAUGGUUUUAGUGUAUCACAACAACUUGCAUUGUCCUUGCCAUUUAAUUAAACAAAUGUGUUAUUUGUCUUUAUGUGAUAGAACAUUUAUUAAUGAAUGUCCAAGUGGGCUGAUCACUCUGCAUGAGUUUCAAAGACAUUUCUGCAAUGGAACAGUGGGCAGUGAGUCUGCGGAGUAUGCAGAACAGAUAUUCCGCACAUUGGACAAUAAUGGGGAUGGGGUGGUUGAUUUCAGGGAGUAUGUCAUGGCCAUCAGCAUGCUUAUUGAAGGUUCUGCUGUGGAGAAGCUGCGGUGGUCAUUUAAGCUCUAUGACAAAGAUGGAGAUGGAGCGAUUACAAGGGAGGAAAUGCUGGAGAUUACGCAGGCUGUGUAUAAGAUGAAGGUAGCUGCUGCUUUAACCAAAUCCAACCCACUUACAGCUGAAGAAUGUACCAACAGGAUAUUUAUGCGAUUAGAUAAAGACAAUAACGCCAUCAUCAGCCUGGAGGAGUUCACAGAGGGAGCGCUGAAUGAUGAUUGGAUCAGGGAAAUGCUGGAAUGUGAUCCUAGCACUGUGAAGGUGGAGAGGCCCCUGAGGAGGGACACCGCUUUGGGGACCCAUGGUUGACCUGAAGUGGGGCAUUCUAUUCACUCGGAGCAGAGAAAUUAACCAGUCGAUGUUUGGAUUGGAAAUCUCCAGGAAUUGUUGCGG